AUAAUGUGGGCGGUGGUUAAAGGUAACGUUUGAGAAACGAAAACUACUCUAGCUUUAGGACAUAGCCCAGGAACACUAAGGAACAAGUGACCUUUCUCCAAGGCAGUGGGACUCCUGAACAGCCGUUGUGUCCAGGAGAGCUCGUGUGUGUAAACACACAUAGCUAUGAAUACUAGUCGAGGCUGAGAACCCCAAAGGAAUAGUUCUUCCUGUCGAAAAAGUGUAAGCUGGAGGCAGAGUAAACACCGCGAAAGAGAAAACGAAACCCAGAUUCUGGUCUGGCCUCUUCACCUGGAAAGCUGCUGUUUGGAAACGUAUGCCCCGGAACUGUUGAAGGAUGAGAUGGAAAACAGAGCCGUACUCCAGUAAAGUGGUGUUAGGACCUCGAAAUCCUCAGAUCUGGUUAAGCAACACGGCGCUGUUAACAUAAGAACCACUCCCCCUGCCCCUGCUCUUUGAGGAGGGAGAGAAGAGCUAGGCAACCCUGGCUACCUAACAGGACAUGCCCGGUUUGUACUGGGCGGGGCAGAUCCUGGAGCAGAGGCUGAGGCUAGAAACUGUCCUGAAAUGAACAAAGUCCUUCUGCCAUGUCUCACCAGCCACUUAGCUGCCUGACUGAAAAGGGGGACAGCCCCCACAAGACCACCGGAAAUGGGCCCCCCAACCUGGCCCACCCCAGUCUGGACACGUUCACACCAGAGGAACUGCUGCAACAGAUGAAGGAGCUCCUGACUGAGAACCAUCAGCUCAAAGAAGCCAUGAAGCUAAAUAAUCAGGCUAUGAAAGGGCGAUUUGAAGAGCUUUCAGCCUGGACAGAGAAACAGAAGGAAGAGCGCCUGUUUUUCGAGACACAGAGCAAGGAAGCCAAAGAACGCCUCACGGCUUUGAGUCACGAAAAUGAAAAAUUGAAGGAAGAACUUGGAAAACUGAAAGGGAGAACAGAAAGGCCCCUUGAGGACCCCACUGGGGACCCCAGCGUCCCCAAGGCAGAAGCAGACCAGGAAAUGGAACAGCUGAAGACCCAGGUGGCCCGUCUUCAAGCUGAAAAGGCAGAUCUCCUGGGCAUCGUGUCUGAGCUACAGCUCAAGCUGAACUCAGGGGGCCCCUCGGAAGACUCCUUUGUUGAAAUCAGGAUGGCUGAAGGAGAAGCAGAUGUGGCAGUGAAAGAAAUCAAGAGGAGUCCUGGGCCCACAAGAACUGCUUCUCUUGACACGAGCAAAUCUGCAGAAGGUGCCAGGAAUCAUUUGGAAUUUGAGGAAUUAACUGUGAGCCAGCUCCUGCUGUGUCUAAGGGAAGGAAACCAGAAGGUGGAGAGGCUUGAAAUUGCGCUCAAGGAAGCCAAAGAAAGAGUUUUAUAUUUUGAAAAGAAAGCCAGUGAUCAUGCUGAAGUUGAGACCCAGACAGAGGCAAGCAAAGAAAAAGAGAAAGAAGAGGAGAAAGGCCCAGAAACCGUUGGAAGUGAAGUGGAGACCUUGAACCUUCAGGUGACCACCCUAUUUAAGGAGCUUCAAGAGGCUCAUACAAAACUCAGCGAAGCUGAGCUAAUGAAGAAGAGACUUCAAGAGAAAUGUCAGGCCCUUGAAAGGAAGAAUUCUGCAACCCCAUCAGAGCUGAAUGAAAAGCAAGAGCUUGUUUAUAGCAACAAAAAGUUGGAGCUACAAGUGGAAAGCAUGCUAUCAGAAAUCAAAAUGGAGCGAGCAAAAACUGAAGACGAAAAGUCCAAGUUAGCCGCUCUCCAGAUGACGCAUAACAAGCUUCUUCAAGAAUACAACAAUUCACUCAAAACAAUCGAGGAACUAAAAAGGAAAGAGUCAGAAAAAGUGGAUCGGGCGGUACUGCAGGAACUCAGCGGAAAACUGGAGCUGGCGGAGAAGGCCCUGGCCUCCAAGCAGCUGCAGAUGGACGACAUGAAGCAGACCAUCGCCAGGCAGGAGGAGGACCUGGAAACCAUGGCUGUUCUGAGGGCUCAGAUGGAGGUUUACUGCUCUGACUUUCAUGCUGAAAGAGAGGCAAGAGAGAAGAUUCAUGAAGAAAAGGAGCAGCUGGCUUUGCAGCUGGCGAUUCUGCUGAAAGAGAGUAACACUUUCGAAGACGGAGACAGUAGGCAGUCCUUGAUGGAGAUGCAGAGCCGACACGGGGCAAGAACCAGCGACCCGGACCAGCAGGCCUACCUUGUUCAGAGAGGAGCUGAGGACACAAACCGGUGGCAGCAGCAGCAGCGGAAUAUUCCGAUCCAUUCGUGCCCCAAAUGUGGAGAAGUUCUGCCCGACAUAGACACGCUACAGAUCCAUGUGAUGGACUGCAUCAUUUAAGUGGUCACAUCCCACUGCCCCCAAGCUGUUGGUAAAUAUCAGACUUUUUCCUCCAAGAGUUGUGCUUCUGUGUAGUUUGUUUCCACUCAGUUUGCCUCAUUCUCCUCAUUUUAGGAGAAAGAAAAUCAAUAUGUUCUAACUAGGACUUUUUUGUGGAUUUCCUUAAGAUCCUUAACAUGCCACUCUUCUGAUGGAUUCUUUAUUUUUUUUAUGUUCCAUGUAUGUGAGCUGAACUGUUCAUGCCGUUAAUAAGUGUGUGACAUCAUGCGAUAGGGUAAAUAUAACCAAUGGAAGAGGCUUCACAGAUAAACCUUGGGAACCUUUUAAGGAGGCAGGAAAAAUGAAGUGGUUACAGAUUUAAUCAAGAAAAGUUUAUCUCUGUAGUUUUUUUUAAAUAAAUUAUAUUGUUCUUUUUCUCCAUUUAA